AUGCAUGUUUUUAUUAACAAACCUGAAACAUCUAUUUCUGCAGCUUCAACUUUAACUUCAACUUCCUCCUCCACAUCUAUUUCUGCAGCUGAUAUCAAUGUCACUCCUCUGAGACAGCUAGUCAUUAUGUCAACACGUAGUGAUAGAGAUUGGAUGUACAAAAGGUUAGAUCAUGGGUAUCUUAGCAUAGCAUAUCAUGCAUCCGUCAAAGGAUUUCUAGAUGUUGCUUUUUCUAAUGAAGCAACUGUUGAUGGAGAUUAUAUUAGAUGUCCUUGUUUUAAAUGCAAGAACAUGUAUUAUAAAACAAGAGGUGAUGUAGAGCUUCACUUGUUACAAAACGGUUUCACUCCAAAUUACACAACUUGGUGGGCACAUGGUGAAAGAAAUACGAUAUCUCAGCAUGAGGAAGAAUCUUCUAAUCCGAUGCAGGAUCCGAUGGAAGAUGAUGAUGAUGAUGAUCUUAAUGGGUAAGAUGAUGAUGAGGAUGAAGAGGACCAAUUCUUUCAAGAAAGUGAAGCGACUUUACCUUCUACAAGUAGCGGUGCAAAUGAGGUGGCAGGACCCCUUUCUCAUGUAAUUGAAGGAGAAAUAGAAGAAGUUAAUGACAAUGACAUUGAGAGAGAAGAGGAUGAAGAAGUUGAUGAUAACUUGGAUGAUUCAUCCGAAGAUGAUAUUGAAGAUGAAAACAUAUGUGAUGAUAAUUCUGAUGAUGAGUAA